AAGGCUAACCGGAAGUGUCUCCUGCUCGCUGCUAGCUUGAUUGUGAUUCUCUCUGAGCUUCAGUGAAGCAGCUUCACACCGAGCCAGGACCCAGUCUACAGUGUGUUCAGUUACAUAAGUUCAUUUCUCUGGAGGUUAGAGUUCUUCUGAUCUGUGGGGAUUCCGUUCAGGUCGGGAUGGCCGAGCCGAGCGCGAGAUAUCAGCAGCUGCCAAAUGAGGAGGAGCCAGAGGAAAGUCCACAGGUAGCAGCUGAAGCCCCGCCCCCUUACAGCAGCAUCGCAGCAGACAAUGGUGCAUACUUUGACUACAAGGAGGACGGGGCUUUCCCCAAACCUCCAUCCUACAACGUAGCCACGACGCUGCCGUCCUACGACGAGGCUGAGAGAACUAAAGCCGAGACUACUGUUCCCUUGGUAACUGGAAGACAGCCUCAGCAGCGCCUGGAGACUUUUGAGGAUGUAAUUCGCAGUUCCCUGGAGGAUGAAGACUUCGUAACCAGAGACGACUUCGAGGACGCCGACCAGCUGAGGAUAGGAAAUGACGGCAUCUUCAUGCUAACAUUCUUCAUGGCGUUCCUCUUCAACUGGAUCGGUUUCUUCUUGUCUUUCUGUCUGACCACCUCAGCAGCCGGACGCUACGGGGCCAUCUCAGGGUUCGGCCUCUCUCUCAUCAAAUGGAUCCUCAUAGUCAGGUUCUCCACAUACUUCCCUGGUUACUUUGAUGGACAGUACUGGCUGUGGUGGGUGUUCCUGGUUCUUGGAUUCUUACUCUUCCUCCGAGGAUUCAUCAACUAUGCCAGAAUCCGCAAGAUGGCCGACACUUUGUCCACCUUACCCCGCACUCGAGUCCUCUUCAUCUACUGAGCCCUCAAUCAAUCACAUCAUGGUUCUGCUCCUCUCCUGUGAGACCAAGUCCGACUUUACCAAACUGAAAAGAAGGAGAACAGAACUUUAAUUUUCCUCUGCCAUGAUGUGGACGAUCCUCGGCCUGUUGUCUCCUCUUGGUGUAACAUAGUCUGAGAAGUCUGUAACACCCUUCAGUUGUUCGUGGUGAACUGUUCAGUGCUCUCUGCUUUGAUUAUGAUGUUUAAUGAAUGCCUUAUUUCCUGUCUGACUCUCUGGUAGCAGCAGCAGCAGCAUGCACUGUGUUCCUGUUGUACCACCAGGGGGCGGUCUCGCUUGUGUUUCUCUCUCUCACCAGGCUUCUCUCUGAUGAAGUCAUUUGUAUUAAGAGGUGGUUUGCUGCACGGGGGUCAGCGGGUUACUUCAGGUCUCUGGGCGUGUAAAAUAACAGAUCUGAUGUUUUUGAACCUUUCUGAGGAUCACGUGUGAAAGUAUUUCGAUCGGGCAGAAGGGAUGAAUUAGCUUUUCUUUAAAGUUCAGGGUCUGAAAAGGUUUGAGGACCACGUGUGAAGAAGACCAGGGAACAGGUUCUUGAUGUUUAUGUCCUCAGAGAGGGAGAGCUGCAGGGGCGUCUCCCCGCCUCACUCAGUGCCACAGUGUUAGUCUGUCACCGGAUACACUGGUGCCAUCAGGCACUAAAUAUAUCUGAGGCCUCGCCCUCGUCACCUGCAGUCCCAGAUCUGAUCCAGAGACUCUCAGCUGUAAAUACUGACACAUUAAAGCAUCUUAUAAAGCUCGUUAUCAUUCUACAGAAAGUGGGAUGUUUCUUUUCUGUCGCAGGAACGUCGUCCGGCUCGGACAGUGUUUGGUAUUAAAGUGCAGGAAGUUCAUUUUCUGUGUCCUCUUCCAGCAGCCAAUAAAAUCAGUCCAUCAGUCCGUCUGAAGAAGCU